CCCCCCACUCCCCUACCCCUCCCAAUACCUUAUUUCUCCCAGUAUCUCCAAUAACCUACUAAUUUUAGGUUAUUUGGAGGUCCUUUCUAUACCCAUAUCUGCCCACGAGUGAUCUCCUGGUCAUAAUUUGUUUUUCUGGCUAGAAGACUGGAGGACAUGUCCUUCUUCUCGGAGAGUGGUCCCAGACGGCAGGGUUCCGGUGGGACGCGGCGCUCCAGCCCCUGCAGGAUGUCUGACCCGUGUCUGGUGUGUCUCCUGAGCCUGGCCCUCUGCCUGACCCUGUCUUCCUGCCAGCGGGCCGACCUCAGCGGGAAACACCCCAUGGUCACCACGGGCUAUGGCAAGCUGCGCGGCGUCAGGAAGGAGCUCAACAACGAGAUCCUGGGGCCCGUGGAGCAGUACCUGGGUGUGCCCUAUGCCACCCCGCCCAUCGGCGAGCGUCGCUUCCAGCCCCCUGAGGCACCAGGUUCCUGGCAGGAGAUCCGCAACGCCACCCAGUUUGCCCCUGUGUGCCCGCAGAACGUACACGGGGUGCUGCCUGAGAUCAUGCUGCCGGUGUGGUUCACCGACAACCUGGAUGCUGCAGCAGGCUACGUUCAGAACCAGAGUGAGGACUGUCUGUACCUCAAUGUCUACGUGCCCACUGAGGAUGGUCCGCUCACAAAAAAACACGAUGAGUCUACAAUGAACAAACCGAGAGAUGAAGAUAUCCGUGACCGUCGGAAGAAGCCGGUGAUGCUGUUCAUCCAUGGCGGCUCCUACAUGGAGGGGGCGGGAAACAUGUUCGACGCCAGCAUCCUCGCAGCCUACGGCAACGUCAUCGUGGUCACCAUGAACUACCGUCUGGGCGUGCUCGGGUUUCUGAGUACUGGGGACCAGUCAGCCAAGGGGAACUAUGGUCUGUUGGACCAGAUCCAGGCUCUGCGCUGGCUCAAUGAGAACAUUGGCCACUUUGGAGGAGACCCAGAGAGGAUCACCAUCUUUGGCUCCGGUGCCGGAGCCUCCUGUGUCAAUCUGCUCAUCCUCUCCCACCACUCUGAGGGGCUGUUCCAGAGGGCCAUAGCCCAGAGCGGCUCAGCCAUCUCCAGCUGGUCGGUCAACUACCGGCCCCUUAUGUACACCAAGAUCCUGGCUAAGAAGGUAGGCUGCAGCUACGGGGACACAGGCGACCUGGUGGAGUGUCUGAGGAGGAAGAGCUUCAGGGAGCUGGUGGACCAGGACAUCCAGCCGGCCAGGUAUCACAUCGCCUUCGGCCCUGUGGUGGAUGGAGACGUGGUUCCCGACGACCCCGAGAUUCUCAUGCAACAGGGGGAGUUCCUGAACUAUGACAUCCUGCUAGGGGUGAACCAGGGAGAAGGCCUGAAGUUUGUGGACGACAGUGAGGGGGAUGAUGGGAUCUCUGCAGCUUCCUUCGACUACACCAUCUCCAACUUUGUGGACAACCUGUAUGGAUACCCUGAGGGUAAGGACAUCCUGAGGGAGACCAUAAAGUUCAUGUACACAGACUGGGCCGACAGGGACAACGGAGACAUGAGGAGGAAGACCCUGCUGGCACUGUUCACAGAUCACCAGUGGGUGGCGCCAGCGGUGGCCACAGCCAAGCUGCACGCUGAGUUCCAUUCUCCUGUCUACUUCUACACCUUCCACCACCACUGCCAGACGGAGGCCCGGCCAGAGUGGGCGGACGCGGCCCACGGGGAUGAGCUGCCCUACGUGUUUGGGGUCCCCAUGGUGGGAGCCACCGACCUGUUCCCCUGUAACUUCUCCAAGAACGACGUCAUGCUCAGCGCUGUGGUCAUGACGUACUGGACCAAUUUUGCCAAGACCGGGGAUCCCAACCUGCCUGUACCCCAGGACACUAAGUUCAUCCACACCAAGCCCAACCGCUUUGAGGAGGUAAUCUGGACCAAAUUCAGCUCCAAGGACAAGCAGUACCUCCACAUCGGCCUGAAGCCCCGCGUCAGGGACAACUACCGGGCCAACAAAGUGGCCUUCUGGUUGGAGCUGGUGCCUCACCUGCACUCCAUACAUGAUGACCUCUACCCCAUCACCACCCGCCUGCCGCCUGGAGGAGGAGGAGGUCCCCGCGUCCACCGACCUGGUCCCCCAGGGGCACGCUCCACCCGCCAACCCGUCAUCUCCACCAACCCACCCGAACCCGAGCCAGACCCCUCCGAGCCGCCCCGCCGCAACCCGUUCCCCGACGAGAUAAGGGACUACUCCACGGAGCUGAGUGUGACAGUUGCGGUGGGCGCCUCGCUGCUCUUCCUCAACGUGCUGGCCUUUGCAGCCCUCUACUAUAAGCGGGACAAACGCCACGAGCUGCUGCAGAGACGCCACCGCCGCUUGUCCCCCCAGCGCGGCAUGGGCACCACCAUGGGCAUGGGAGUGGUGGGCGCCCCGUCCCACAACGACCUGGCGCUGAGCCAGGAGGAGGAGCUCAUGUCCCUGCAGAUGAAGCAGCAGAGGGUGGAGAUGGAGCACGGCAUCGGCACGCCCCUCCCUUCCCGGGGUCUCCACGGCGACCUGGAGCCUCUACGGGCGCAGGUGGGCCCACCAGACUACACGCUGGCCCUGCGGCGGGCACCGGAGGACGUGCCGCUGAUGACGGCCAACACCAUUACCAUGAUCCCAAGCACCAUCAGCGGCAUGCAGCCCCUCCACCCUUUCAACACCUACCCCCCCGCCCCGGCCCCCUCCACCACCCCCACCCCUGGCCACAGCAACAACGCCCUGCCACACCAACACUCCACCACCCGCGUAUAGGACCAGGCACAACCUCUGGUUCAGCAGAGACACAAACAAACACCACAGAUGGAUCCCCUCCUGUUCUUUCUCUCUCUCACUGGGAUUAUCCUCCAGCUUUUUCUGUGUUGCUUUUUUCUUUUUUUCUCUCUGUUGUUCUGUUCUCUGUCGAUCUCCCCAUGAGGCUGUGGUGUCGCCCCCUACCGUUGGGACACAUGGCUCAGUCUAACUCAGGCUGUGGACUGCUGGGACAAAGACCCAUCAUUACAACUAACACAUCUCUAUCACACAUCCUCCAACCUGUUCAUAUGUCUGUACAAUCUGGGUGUUUCGCUCUCUUCCUCUCUCUCACUCUCAACCCAUAUUACUGCUUCUCUUCUUCUCUGCCUCCCACUCACUUUCUCUUCCCGUCUGUUCCUGUAGCUCUUGAUCGCAACGUUCACGCAAUCCUCCCAGUCUCAUUUUCAUCCUCCUUUCUCUCUCAAAUAAACCACUUCAUGACUCCUUUUUUCCUCUUUGGAGUCUUUUAUACAAACACAUAAAUGUAAAUGAUGUAUUAUUGAUAAAUUGUAAGGAUAUGAAUGAAAAAAAGUGAUAUUCUGAUAUCUCGUUUUUACCAGCAUUCUUGGUGCCAAGAACUGUGAUAACGUUCCUCUCUCAAUGAGGGUCCAAUGGACCACCAGGAGAGGUCCAUCCUGACUUGAUCUUACACAAGGAAGUACCAUCAAAAAAGUGCCAAAUGUUUCAUUUUUCUUUUUGAUCUAUCGCACUUUGUUUUGUUUUUCUUGCAUUCAGUGUUGCACUGUGGCUGGGCUUUACUCAAGGGGGAAGAGACUGAAUAUAUCCUUGUAAAAAUAUAAAGAGAAUAUUAAGAUUCAUAACUGGUUUGCUGUCUGGGAUCUUUUGCAUGAUUUUUUUUUUUUCUAAACGGAGCACGGACAUCGGAGUGGAAAGCUUGUUUAUUUUUAUGUUUGGCCUUGUUUUCUUAUUGUUGUUUUCUUUUCUUCUUGAAAAGUAUUUUUUUUUUGUGUUUUAUCGGCUGAACUUUGUGCACUUCAUGAAGGAAACUAUGUUCUAUUCUGUAGAUACUUCAAAAGAGGUAUCAGGGGAUGAAUAUUGACUAUGAUUAGAACAAGGAGAACAAAUAUGUCCUUUAGUUUUUCAUUUUUUAUCACUGAGGCUGUGCCACAAGCACCUGCCGCCCUGAGAGACUGUUUGAAGCCCCGUCUACCCCCACCCCCUCUCUUUUUAGUUCACUCUUUCUCUCAAUACUUCAGCUGUGAAGUGUUGCACGGUCAUCGCGUUACCGUCUCAACUGAAGAUUGUCUUUGAUCAUUCCUCUGUAAAAAAAUAUUGUUGGACUUUACCACUCCGUCAGCUUGCAGUGUUUAUCCACGAUAGGCUAAUACUAGUUUUUCAAUCGUGAAAAUGUCAUAUUUCACGUGAAUUGCCUCAAUGGUAAAAAUUGAUAUAAUUCUAAAUAUUUUCCUGGAAAUGAGGGUUGUCUUUGAACAAUUAUCUUAGUUUUAAGCACUCUUAUCCUCUCCCCAGUGGACUUUUAGCUGCGUGCUACAGGUUUCUGGAUACUGGAUAUGUCAGUCUUUUCAUCUCUUCUGUUGCUCUGAGAUUCUCUCUGUUGUUGAGGGGCAGGGGGUAUGAAGGGGGCUCAGACUGAGGUAGGUCAAAGGUGAAGAAACCUUGUACGCACGUUUCAGAUCUUUCAACUGCACAACUGAACACAGGGACACGACAAACUCUGGACAUUCAUGAGAAAAAAAACUGUUACCGAAGUUGAGACAACGUUAGGAAAACAUUGACAUUGAAAACAACAAUGGAGAGACGAAUCUUCAGCGGGAACCUUACAUGUCGCCGAUGCACAGAGGAUGCAUUCUAAAACUUGAGUAGAAAAACAUUUGAUAAACAUUACUCACAUAUAACACAAACAACAAACCUAGCGGGAUGUUUUUCCUGUUUUGUUUCCUGUCUUGUUUUGGGAUGAUGAUGAUCACACUCCGGGGUUAUAGACUGGGGUCCAUCACAGGGGACUGGACAGAGAACCAGGACUCAGAAAAAGAACAAAACACACAUGAAAAACAAACUGUACAUUUUUUUUUAAAGCGUAAGAGAACAAACUGUUAUUUGUAAAUAUUAUGUUUAUGGUUUGGUUUAUGAAUGAAGGGCCAAAUCUUUCCUUUGUGACAACAGGUGCAAGUUCAGACGGCUGAUUUGAGCUCUUGUUGUUUGAUUUUCUUUCAUAUCUUAGAUUUUCAAGGUCAAAGUGCAACAAGUUAUGGGCACAUAUAGACAGUUAUUAACAUACAUGAAUGAUCUGUGAAUGAAAACUACAUCUAAAAUCAUAGCAUGGUUGAGUUCAACAUAAAUAGCAGUAGGGACAGGGAUAUGGCUCAGGUUUCUCUAGGGUAGAAGGAAUAUACUGGAUGUGGGUGGGGUCCUGGGGGAGGUCGGCAUUACUUGCACAUUUUGUCAACUGCCACAUCAAUCACGAAGACAGCUUUUGUCUGGAAUGACAAUUUAUUUAAGAUGAGUUCUUUUGCAUCUGUUAGGUGGCCAAUGGUAAGAGCUGCAUAGAGAGCAGAUUUAGAGAGAGAAUAUGGAUACAGGGAGAAAGAAAAGGGGAGAGUGAUAGGGAGAGACGGAAGGAAAGAAAGGCAGUGAUAAUGGUAGAGGAAGGCAGUGAUAAUGGUAGAGAUAGGCAUGGUUUGAAACUGUGCUCAACCCAAACCUACAAAACAAGGGAACUUGAAUCUUGAUGGUGGUGCUGUUGGUAAUUGUUAGUGACACUCACUGUCCUGAGAAGUGACAUAGUAUUACCGAAUAGCUUAGAACAGGUACAGUAUGUUGUCAACACCUUGGUACUCUUUAGUCUUGUUUCAGACUCUGAUGGUUGUGGUUGCUUUGCUAUCCUUUACUAUUAUGUCUGCCAUCCACACUGUUUAAGUCAUUUUCUGGAAUAUCAGCUCACCUGUUUGCUGUCCAUUUGAGAUGCCCAUGUUUCCCCAAAAAAAAAAAGCAGUAUUUUUCUAUUUAAAAUUGGAAACCGGGGAUGACAGCCAACAGACUGGAAGCACACUCUCACCUGUUUACACGGUGACACUAAAGUCUGGCGUUGGCUCAAUGUUACAAACAAAAAAACAUUGCAAAGAUGCAAAUCUCUACUUUUCCAAGGUUCGCGCUGGGUUGCCGAAAAAUACUUGCACCUGUUUGUGUCUGUUUUCAUUUCAUCUGGAAUCCGUAACCUACUGGAGGAUUGAGACACUGUAAGGAAGCAUAACGAACGGGUUUAAAGAAGGACGUUAAUAUUUCAUAUAGAGGCUGAUGACACACUGUAUGUUGUGUGUCUGAACUGGAGAACAUUAAAAAGAUAUCCUUAAACAAA